UAGAUCUCGACGAGCAGAUGUUGCAAGGCGGGAAAAUGGGAAACGCAGUUUGUCAUAUGAAUAUGCGUGGGUAAAUCGACUUCAACUACUGCACAUGCAUAAAAUAGGGGAGAUGUUUUGGAGUGUCUUCAGAGUACUGAACAACUUUACAGAACAAUCUCUUAUAUGGCAACUACUUACGGCUUCGCGAAACCCUUAACAAUUGCCGUAUUCGGCGAUAAAAAUGUUGGCAAAACUUCGCUUAUACGACGUUUCAUCGGGCAAAGCUUCAGUAAACAACAUAAACCGACAGUCGAGGAUUAUUAUGAAGAGGAAGUAAUCCGUGGAACACACAAAUGCCGCCAAUUGAAGAUUCUCGACACGACCGGAUCGUACGAUUUUCCAGUUAUGAGGCAGUUGGCAAUAUCCAAGGCUCAAGCGUUUAUCUUGGUUUAUUCAUUUGACGAUCCAAAAUCAUUUGAGAAAAUUAAAUGGCAUCGUCAAGAAAUACUAAAAUACAAAAGUCAUUCAAACGUUCCUAUGUUGAUCGUAUGUAAUAAAACAGACCUUACUGACAUUAACAAUUUAGAAGGAAUCCUAAAAGAUUCUUCUAACAAUGUUGCUUUGCCAUUCCUCAAUGAUCUACGUUCACAGGUGAAAAUAGUCGACGAUUGGAAAUGUAAAUUGAUGUUUACAUCUGCAAAGGUGCGCUGGAACAUCAAUAAAGUAUUUUUUGAACUUGUGAACAUUGAAGAAGAGGAUCUUGACAAUAAAAGCAAAGAUAAAAUGGUGAAUCGAAGGAGACGUUCAAGUUUAUGGUAUCAUAUUGUAUGUCCAAGUAAUCGGUCACAACGAGCAGCCAAACAUAUGGUCCGCACAAGAUCUUUAUCUUCAGUUGACAUAUAUAUGGCUAGUGGAUACCAGAGAAGUUUUGAGAAAAUGAAAAAUCCCAGACAAGAGGGAAAGGAUACGUUAGUGAAAACUAUUGCAGUUAUUGGCGGUUCAAAAACUGGCAAGACAUCGCUUAUUUCUAGAUUUUUAGGCAAACCUUUCGAUGAAAAUCAUUCACCUACAGUAGAGGAUCAUCAUGCUGGAAAAUUUUACGUCGGUGAUACUCUGUGUCAUCUUGAAAUCGUUGAUACUUCGGGUAGUUUUGAAUUUCCUGUUAUGGAGCGUUUGACUAUGAAGAAAGCAAAUGGAUACGUUUUUGUAUAUUCUUUACAUGACGAACAAAGUUUUGAGCGCGUCGAAGCUGCUCUAAGACGACUAAAAGAUUUGAAAGAUAUUAGCAAGCUUCCUGUUGUCAUUGUAUGCAAUAAAGCAGACUUAGCAAAUAUUGUUGCUCUUAGAAACAUUCAAAUGCGUUUAGAUGCUGGCGAAUGUACUUUAAACUGUUCAAGAUUACCCAGCGGAACGAAUGAAACCUUGGACAUUAACAGUCUCAGCGUUGUUCAGAUUUUGCGCUCACAAAUACAACGGGCUCACGAGAACGGUUGUAAGUUUUUACUAACGUCGGCGAAGUACCGUUGGAAUGUGAAUAGAAUUUUUGAAUUAUUAUUUCAAGAUGAAAAGCUUGAGAGAAGGAGUAGUUUAAUGAAAUCAACGUUAAAAACGAAACGAGAGAAGGGAUUAUCUCGCGUGAGAAGUCUUUCUGCUUUAAUGAAAUGACGUUUGACUUUUUGACAAGUAAAGCAGAGAAAGAUUUAUGGAUAAGUACUCAACAUUCGUUUUGUAUAUAGUUGCGUAAUCCACUAUUGUCAAAAGUGUUCGGUGGAAUAACUUUUAAUGUGGGAUGAUAGCAAAUACGUGAUUGCUUGCGCGGUUCUCUAAGACCGUAUGUGGGAGAUGACCUAACCCUAAGAAGAGGAUAUUUAUUUCUAAUAUAUCUCAAAGACAAAGAUAUUUAUACUAAUUAAAAAUCAAUUACUACAUGUAAAAUACUCAAUGUGAAAUAUAUAUACAUAUAAUAUAUCAAUGCAAUAACACCGUGGAAAUAAUUUCAA